AUGCUUAGCUUGGCCAAUAUUGCCUCAACAGCCACGUCUUGCACGUCUGGGCAGUGGGUCGAUUUGGCCUCAAUUCCGAAGCCUCGCCAAGAGCACGGUACCGUGGCAAUAAACAACACGACCAUUGCCAUUGUUGGUGGCAUUGUCCCUGUUGGAAACAGUACACAGACAACCGACUUGUUGCAGCUCUAUGAUAUUGACUCUAACACCUGGGCCACGGCAUCAGCAGCCCCCUACAAGGUCAACCAUCCAAAUGUCGCCGCAGUAGGCCAAACACUGUAUCUGCUCGGUGGCUUGGUCGAGGGUGCCCUUAGUCCAGGCAUUUCUAUGAACUGGGUGGCAUCCAAAGCUUGUCACGCGUAUGACCUUUCGACCGACAUUUGGACCGAGUUCCCUCCUAUGCCCAACGGGACAGAGAGAGGAAGUGCGAUUGUCGGAGUCCACGGGGAAGUGAUCUAUCUUGCUGGUGGAAUGACAGUGCUGCAGACCGGAUAUCAGGACGCGGUCGAUUCUGUCAUAUCCUUCAACACCACCUCCAGCGAGUGGCAGAGGCUAUCGGCAGCUGCCGCCGAGUUGCCUGAGAGCCGCCAACACGCCGCUGGCUCAGUGGUCGGUGAUGCUUUCUAUGUUGUCGGCGGCAGACGAUAUGGCCAGUUGAACACUCGUGACACUGUCUUCAAGCUUGAUCUGGCAAAUCAAACAGCUGGCUGGCAAAUAAGUCCAGGCCGUAUGCCGACGACUCGUGGGGGCUUGAAUGGAGGUGCAGUGGGAGCGAAGUUCUAUGCUUUCGGUGGCGAGGGAAACUCGGAAUCUUCCACAGGAGUCUUCAACCAGUCCGAGGUCUUGGAUACGGAGUCUCAAGAAUGGACCAAGUUAAAGCCCAUGCAAGUGCCCCGCCAUGGGACGCAAGCAGCUGCGGUGGGUGGUCUGGUGUACAUUCCGGGAGGUGGACUUCAGCAGGACGGCAAGCAGGUUAUGACUGAUGGGACCACGACUUUCCAGCAGCCAACCUCGCAUUUCGAUGCUUAUUGUGCUUGA